AUGAAUGAGAAAAAGACCAAGAAGUUGUAUUCUUGGCCCAUAUGGGCUGAUCUUCCUGAAGAACUACUUGUUAAGAUCUGCAAGUGCCUAAACUACUCAUUUCAAGUUGGUCAUUUUCGUGCUGUUUGUACCUCUUGGAGAUCCGCAGUUCCACGUUCCCCUCAUAAAAGACUAUUCGUUGUCCCUAAAUACUACCAUAAGAAGCCUCGUAUUCUCGCUAGUAAAUACAUGAGAAGAUUCGUUUGCCGGCUUGAUCUUCAAGAACUUCCACCUUCCUCAUCAUCACCCACCAGUUAUUUGAUAGCCAUGGCGGAAGAAUAUUGUGGAGACGGCCAAAGCCAACUCCGCCUCUUGAACCCAAUCACUGGAAGUCCUAUUCCUAUAUCCUCAUUUCCGAGAGAGAUUAAUUUGAACAAACUUCGCGUCUCUGUACUGCAUAAUUCUUCCUUGAUUUUGCGUGCAGAUACAACUCCUCAUCGUACUUGUAAAGUUGUUUAUCUUUAUACUCUCCAGCGAUCCUCUAGCAGGAGACCAACUGCUUUUCUUAGGAAGAGUGGAGCAUUGUCUUUAUUUACAAGUAAUACAGGAAGGGAAGUUGUCUUAAAUGAUUUAACGGAUCGUCUUCUUAGAGACCAAAACCUGAACAAGCCUGUUUAUCAUGAUGUGGUGAACUACAAGGGGAAAUGGUUCGCUAUUGAUCAAUACGGGCGAGGGGUUAUGGUGGAUUCUUGUUUGAACGUGAGUCUAGUUACAAAUCCUCUGUUUCUCCAAAACAGUAAUGAUUUCUCUUGUAACCACAAGUCAUACUUGGUAAAAUCAUCACGGAAUGCAGAUCUAUUUCUAGUAGACCGAUACUUGGAUAAAUCAUGGGAGCAAACAAAUUAUGACGAACAACAUGCUGCAGCCUCUGAUGAUGAUAUAAAGGAACCAGUUUAUGACAUGGCAGUUAGAUUCAGAGUGUAUAAACUUGAGGAAGAGAAGCAAUGUUGGAAGGAGGUUACAAGCCUGAACGACCAAGUCAUAUUUGUAGGAGAUGAUGAAUAUUUUUGGUCCUACUGUGUCUCUGCUAAAGAUUUUCCAGGGAGUAGAGGAAAUUUGAUUUUCUUCACAGAUCCAUUCAGGAAAGCUGAGGAUGGAGAUCUUCAUGAUUUUUGGGAUGCGCUAAAACAUGAAAAAGAUUACUCACUUGGCGGAUUUCGCAUGGAGAAUGCAUUUCUUGGGCCAAUGGCAUGUUUCCCAGAUACAACUCAUUAUAGUACUUUUAAAGCUGUUCGUCUUUAUACUCGCCGCCGAUCCUCUAGGGAAAAAGCAAUUGCUGCUAUUGCAGCUCUUUGGAAGAGUGGAAAAUUGUCUUUUACUUAUAGGCAAUACAGGAAAGGAAGUUGUCUUAAAUGAUUUAAUGGAUCGUCUUCUUAGAGACCAAAACCUGACCAAGCCUGUUUAUCAUGAUGUGGUCAAGUACAAGGAGAAAUGGUUCGCUAUUGAUCAAUACGGCCGAGGGGUUAUGGUGGAUUCUUCUUU